CCUCUGGGUUUCGUGUCGAUGGUACAGUCCGGAGGCAAUAUGGCGCUCGUCGGGAGAUUGGGAGCUAAAUGUUGUCGGUCGUUGCUGUUUGAACCUUUCAAAGGACGUUUACGAGGAGUUUUAGCCACGGGCGGGAUUCAGAGCUGUGUUGUGGCUAAGAGACAUCUUCUGUCAGAAGAUGUCAUCAAACUGCAGGACUUCCAGCAGAGGAAGCUGGCUGUGGCUCAUCUUGUCACUGGAGAAGAAGGUAAUUUUGUCGAGCUUUUCAGACAGAAAUUGAAGAGAAAUGAGCUGGUUCUGCGGGACGAGCUGAAGCUCCUCCUUCACCUGUGCCAGUCUUUAGAUGACAUGGCGGUAGCCAGAGAUGCCAUUUAUAGAUAUCAUGCAGAAAACCGUAACUUGCUGUACGGAGACUUCAAGUUUGGUCCUCUUUACAUGAGACUGUGCUACGAGUUUGGCCUGGAAGAAAUGGCUGCUUCUGCACUAAUAGAUAAGAAUCUGAAAGGAUUUUUCAUCGACACAACCUCUUUUAACAUUGCAAUUGACAUGUUAUUCAUUAAAGGCUUGUAUGAACGAGCCCUUGAGGUCCUAAAAAGCAUGAGGAGCCAAGGCCUCCAAUUCAACAAAGAUACUUUAACUCUUGCAGCUGGUACCUGCUAUAAGCUGAACACGGUAGAGUCGUACCGGAUCUGCACCGCUUUGAUAGAGGAGGAGCAGACCAAAGGCCACUUCAUCCCUCGGCACGCAUUCUGCUUCGCCAUAGCUUUAGCUCUGCGACAGAAGGACAUCGAAAAAGCAAAGUCGCUGUUUGCACAAAUUAUGAACACAGAAAGCAAAAUGUGCCAAAAUCUUAAGGUGGCAACACUAGCUAUGUCAGGGGAAAUUGCAGAUGCCGUUACCUUAUUAUCAGCAGCCUUCUUGCCCAAAAGUCCAUAUUUUAUUAAAAAAACAGAGUUCUCGCAGGAAGUUGUGGAUUUACUUCAUCUACAUAGCGAAGGUGGACCUCAUCACUCAAAAGUGAGACAGAUAGUGACUCAACUCGAGCGAGCCUCUCAGGUGACUCCGCAGACCCUCGACGACAUGUUGUGCCACGCACCCAUGGGGAAGAGGAGACAAGCGCCCAUGGGCGGGCAGAGGAGGACCAGCCGAAGGACUCUGAAGCCUCUGAAGUCCGCUCUGUCUACAGAGUGAGGCCAGUUCUGCUCAUCUAUGCAAAAGUCUGAUGUGAAGAUUAAUAAUUAUGAUCGUGAGAUUUGUUACAAUGCAGAUACAGCAGUAUUGAUUUUACAGUUUAAAAAGUGUGAACUGAGAAAAACAGGAACAUUUUUAUUACACUUUUAAAAAAUAUAUUGUUAUUAAGCAAACCGGACUUUGACUAUACCUCAUGACUGUUUUGAAUAUUAGGAAACCCUCAACUUAAUAAACUUUACUUGAACAUGAACAA